GCAUAGUGAGUUGCUAUGGAAACAGCGGCCGGAGGUGAAGGAGGCCGCUCUGAUGAUGUCAUCAGAGUCCGACAGACUCUGCUACUGGGUAUGAUGGCUGAAGCGGUGGAGUUUCGUACGGAAGAUGCUGUUCCUCCACCUGCUGUGUCUUCUCCGUCUGUUGUCGAGGAGUCCUCUGUUAUUGCUACGGGAUUAGCCGAGGGGCAAGAGGACCCUGGUGAGGUGAAGGAGGAGGCUCAGGUUGGAGAGAUUAAAAACAACGAAGCUUCUGAGUUGGUCCCAGGAGAAACAGAGGAAUCUACAUCACAGUGUUGUGCAGCCAAGAAAAUAAAAAUAGAGAUAAAGGAGAAAAAAGAGAAAAAACAAAAAGUAGAUGAAGAUGAGAUUCAAAAAAUGCAAAUACUUGUUUCCUCUUUUUCUGAAGAACAACUAAAUCGUUAUGAGAUGUAUCGCAGAUCAGCUUUUCCUAAGGCUGCUAUUAAACGGCUAAUUCAGUCAAUUACUGGAACCUCGGUGUCUCAGAAUGUGGUUAUUGCCAUGUCAGGAAUUUCCAAGGUCUUUGUUGGAGAGGUAGUAGAAGAAGCACUAGAUGUAUGUGAGAAGUGGGGAGAAUUGCCACCUCUGCAGCCCAAACACAUGCGUGAGGCAGUCAGACGAUUGAAGUCACGAGGGCAGAUCCCAAACUCAAAAUAUAAAAAAAUUCUGUUUCACUGAAGAGGAGUAGGAGAAGUCUUCAGUGGGAUGAGAAUCUUUCAGCUUGGAAUGAAAAGGACUUUUGCUGAUUGUGCCUUCAGAUCGCUUAAAGCCAUCUAUAUGUAUAUGAUAUCCUCAUUGGAGAAAACAUGACAGAAGCAAUACUGCUGUUUAUUUGGACUGAUUAUAGAAACAUUUCAGUCUGCAAUCAAUAAGCUUUUUAUAAUCCUUCGUACAUUUAUAUGAAACAAACUGAGAGCUUUUUUAAAAAGAGAAUAAAGGCAACUAAAUGAGAAAUACAUUGUUACUGACAGUACUAAGAGUGAAACUUAAUAACUACAUUUAAAUAAUGUACGUCUUGGCACUAGAGUCUGCAUCUAGUUCUCUAAUGUUAAACUAAUAAAUUGUGUGACCUAUUAGACCUGAUCAGUAUAAACAAACUCCUAGAGUGCAUCACAAUCAAAUCAAGAGCAGGCAGUAACAGCUCUGAAAACCAGCAAAGAGCUGCCAGAGUAUUGGGUGUAGUUCUGUAAUGACUAACUUUGAUGUCUUCUAAUAAAGGUGGAACAAAAAUUC